UAGAUGCAUUAUUAGAGAAGGUUGUGACUUGAUUACUAGGCAUAAUUGAUGGUAUAGCAUAGUAACAAGAUACCAUGUGAGGAUCAAUCACUGUGGACCUUCGUAACAAUUUUAAUACUCUCGCCCCAACCACUGAGAGAGGGACGCUUUUCAACAUGUCAGUGACAGUGCCUUCAGUGAAGCUUUAUAAUGGGAAAAGUUUCCCAGUAAUUGGCCUUGGUACAGCUCAGUGCAAAGGCGACGAUCUUCGAAAGGCAGUCAGUGCAGCUUUGGAGUGUGGUUACAGGCAUUUUGACACCGCUGCCUUCUACCAAAAUGAAGAUGAGAUUGGUGAUGUUUUAAGGCACUGGAUUACUACUGGUCGAGUGUCGAGAGAUGAGCUUUUCAUCACUACUAAACUGCCUCCAUAUGGUAACAGAGCCAGUGAUGUGGAGAAAUGCCUCAGUCAGUCGCUGAAGAAGCUGAAGGUUGAUUACGUUGACUUGUAUCUGAUUCACGCUCCGUUCUCCGCUAUACUUGAAGGUGAAGACGAUGUAAAAGGUAGAAUCCUAGACUUCAGCACUGAUUUGGAGGCAGUGUACAAGGCUAUGGAGCAACAAGUUGAUGCAGGAAAAGCACGAGGUAUUGGGCUCUCAAACUUCAACAGCAAGCAGAUUGAGAGAAUUAUGAAAGUGUGUCGAAUCAAACCCGUAAACCUUCAAGUAGAAGUUCACGCUUACCAUCAACAGAAACCUUUAAGAUCACUGUGUCGACAGUUUGACAUUCCUGUCUGCGCCUACUGUCCUCUUGGAGCACCAUAUCUCAAUAGGGGUGACUGUGAAAAGUAUCCGCGACUUAUAGAGCAUCCAGUUGUGACCUCAAUGGCGUUGCGUCUCAACAAAACACCAGCGCAGAUUCUUCUUCGCCAUUUAAUUCAGCUCGGAUUAAUUGUCAUCCCUAAAUCCAGCAAUCCAGAGAGGAUUAAAGAGAACUUCCAGGUGUGGGAUUUUAAACUGCCUCCUUCUGACAUGGCAGACCUUGAUGCCCUUGAUCGUGCAGGUGAUGGACGAAUAAUCACUUUCCAACUUCGACCUGGAAUACAAGUUCAUCCCGAGUAUCCAUUCAAUAUACCUUUCUGAACUUUUCCAGAGAAGAAAAGCGUUUGUAUAAGAGAGGCUGUUGUUUUGGAAUUGCGUGUAUUCUCACAAAAUAUGUCACUUUCAUGUUCAUAAAUUUUACACGAAGAAUUGAGUGUAUAUUAGGUGAUACCUGUAACAGUUACUAGAUGCAUUCGAAUAUUAAAGAAAUUUGUACAGUAAUAAUU